UCCCGCAUUUACACGGUUGUAUCCGGCUAAACGUUUGCAGUACAAGCAGAGAAACACCAACACGCUGCAAAAGACCUAAUCUGGAUACUUUGGCUCAUUCUGGUCGCCAGCGGUUGAGGUCUGGGUUGAAGCUGCGUGAAGACCCCUCAGUCUAGAGGCCAGAAGGUCACAUGCUGCAGGACAGUUACUGGAUUUUGGUAUACUUAGCCACACACGUCACUUGCGGUGUCCCGAUUCAUCAGAUCUUUACUGAGAAAGAGAGAUGUGAGAAAGGUAUUAAGAACACACGGUCCCUGUUGUUGGAGACUUGCUGCCAGAGCCCAGCUACUUCCUGGGCUGACACAGGUGUGUGCCUGAAGCGUACAGCAGUUCAGACAACCAGGGAGGUAGUACAGGCAAACUGUGUCCGCUGGAAGAAAAAGUUCUUAUUUAUGUGUAAAAUCAGUGCCAGUGCCACAACAGGGAUUCUGGAUACUUGCAUUUGCAGGGUGUCUGUACGGAAGGAAUUAAAAGGAGGAAAGGCAUAUGCAAAGCUGGGAUUUGCAGAUCUAAAUCUAGCAGAGUUUGCUGGAUCGGGAAAUACCACUCGUCGCUGUUUACUGGAAGGUUAUGAUACCAAAAAUACAAGACAGGAUAACUCCAUUCUCAAAGUUUUGAUCAACAUGCAGCUAAUGUCUGGAGACCCAUGCUUUAAAACGCCUCCUUCCACAGCAAUGUCUAUAGCAAUUGCGGGAGAACCUGAGCCUUUGCAGGAAGACAGGAAAGGCGGAGAAAAUUUAAAAGUAGUACAUCUGGGCAUAGCAGAUGUCUCAUCAAAGAGUGCCUCGGUCCCAGAUGAACUUGGUGCGUGUGGACAUUCCAGAACAUCAAGCUAUGCAAGUCAGCAGUCCAAACUGUCAGCAGGAUACAGCACGUGUCACUCCAGAUCAGCCAGUCUGUCUGAACUCUGCCACAGGAGGAACACCUCGGUGAGCAGUACCUCUACAGGAAUUGGAAGUAUUCUAGAGCCAUGUGAAUUCAUGGAGCCAAAAGUAGCUGAAGCUGAAUCUGAUACAUCCGUUAAAGAUGCACCAUCAGAAAAACUCUGCAGACAUCCUGUAAAGCAAGACUCUGUGGAGUCACAGCUGAAGAGGGUCGAUGCUACCAGAGUUGAUGCUGAUGAUAUAGUUGAAACAAUACUCCAGAGUCAAGACUUUAGUUUAGACUCAAGUGCAGAAGAAGAAGGUUUAAGAUUAUUUGUGGGCCCUGGUGGAAGCACUUCUUUUGGAAGCCAUAAUCUACCUAACAGAGUAGGAUCUGGAGCAUACGAGCAGGUGGUGAUAAAGCGUUAGCCUAGAGUGACAAACAAGAGGAAAACUUGGAGCUCUGUGGUGCUGAUGCUUCUGUUUUUCUUUGCUCUGUUGCAAGAGUUGCAAAAGCCAAAAUGACCUCAAUGUGAUCUUUUUUUUGGAAAGUAAUGGAAUGCCUCUUGCUUAUAGAGCUUCAUCUUCUGUGGUAUGAAGGCAAUGUUCAGCUAUGUGUAUAUACCUUGUUCGAGCACUUAAACUAUAUUUGUAAGCUCUACCUGAUGUUAGUGGAAUUAUUUGCUUUUUAAGUUGUAUGAAACAUUUUUGGAAGUGAAUCCCAUUUCAGUGUUUUAUACAGGAGACCACUUGUGGUGAUGUACCUUGUUUGUAACUUCUUUUCUAAAGAAGCUUCUAAACGUUGGUCUUAAAUGAACCUGAAGAAAUUAAUUACUCAGUUUGAUCCUGCCUGCUAUUUUAGUCUUACAGAAGCUAAUUACUUCUAUCAAGUCAAAUUAAUAUCAAGUCAAAAUUAAGGCCUCCACAAAACAGCCCAGCUUUAACAUAACCAAAACCCUCUCUUGAAGAGUACUGGGCAUAACUUCAUUGUAAGCUUGAACAGUAGAGGUGAACUUCGCAUGCAUUUAAAAAAAAA